AUGGGUAAAACAUCAAAGGCUACUAAGAAAUUUCAGAGUAAGCAUCUGAAGCAUACUUUAGAUCAUAGAAAGAAAGAAAAACUUCAAAAACAAAAGAUUAAAGGUCGUCGUGGUAACAAGACUGAAGAAGAAAAGGUUAGGAGUGCUUUAACCAGAGAUGAUCAAAAAUUAAAACAAUCUGCAAAGGAAGAAGUCUUCAAGGAUAUGUCUGUUGAAGAAUAUUUCGACAAGGGAAUCGAACUACCAAAAGAGAAUAAGAAAUCAAAAGCUGCAAGAAAGGCUAAAUCCGAAGAAAAUGAUGAUUCAUCUUCUGAAGAAGAAGAUAUGGCAACUUCAAUGGCCACUUUAUCCAAAAAUGAUCCAGAAUUCUUCAAGUAUUUACAAGAUAACGAUAAAGGUUUAUUAGAUUUUGGUGGCUCAAAUCCAUUGGAUGCAAUUAGUGACGAUGAGAAUGAUAAGGAAACCGAAAAGGUUACAGGCGAUCAACCUGUUCAAAAGAUCGAACUAACUGUCAUCUUAGUUAGAAAGUGGAAGAAAGAUCUUCGUGAGAAACCAACGUUAAAAUUAUUAAGAAACGUUGCUGUAGCUUUCAAAGGCGCUGUUAAUAUGAAUAAUGACGAGCAUCUAGAAGAGUACAAAUAUACUAUUUCCGAAGAAAAGGCGUUCCAAGAAUUAAUGUUCGUUGCACUAAAGGAUUUACCAACCGCCGUUCAAAAAAUGGUUCCUUACAAGAUUAUCAAAGAUUCUAGAACUUUACCAUCUAAUAAAAAUGUUUCUAAAAUUUCUUCUAUCAUCAAGGCUCAUUGUGCAUCUUUAUUAGUAUUAUUGAAUGAUAUCACUAAUACUGAAACUGCCGCAAUGGUUUUACAUUCUGUUAAUCAAUUCUUACCAUAUAUUAUUUCUUACAGAAGAAUUUUGAAAGAAAUUAUUAAAAGUGUUGUUGAAAUAUGGGCAACUAGUAGAGAAGUGGAAACCCAAAUUGCAUCAUUUGCUUUCUUGCAUAAUGCAUCCAAGGAAUUCAAGAAGGCUAUGCUCGAAUCUGUCUUAAAAUCUACAUAUUCAACAUUUGUUAAAAACAGUCGUAAGACAAAUAUCCGUACCAUGCCACUGAUUAACUUCCAAAAGAAUUCUGCUGCUGAAUUAUUUGCAAUUGACGAAUUACUAAGUUAUCAAGUUGGUUUUGAAUAUAUCAGACAAUUGGCAAUUCAUCUUAGAAAUACUAUGAACGCAACCACAAAGAAAACUAGUAAAGCUAACCCAGCAGAAGCUUACAAAAUUGUUUACAACUGGCAAUUCUGUCAUUCCUUAGAUUUUUGGUCCCGUGUUCUGUCAUUCUCCUGUAAUCCUGAGAAAGAACAAGGUCACGUUUCACCACUAAGAGAAAUGAUUUUCCCAUUGGUCCAAGUAACCAUUGGUGUUACCAGAUUGAUCCCAACAGCUCAAUUUUUCCCAUUAAGAUUCUAUCUAGUUAGAUCUUUGAUUAGAUUGUCCCAAAAUACAGGUGUAUACAUUCCGAUUUUCCCAAUCCUUUCUGAGAUUCUUUCAUCUACUGCUUUCACUAAAGUACCAAAAAAGAAAGAAAAUUUGGAAGCAUUUGACUUUGAUCAUAACAUUAAAUGUACCCAGGCCUAUUUGGGAACUAGAGUUUAUCAAGAAGGUUUGGCUGGUCAAUUCGUUGAUUUACUUGGGGAAUUCUUUAGUUUGUACUGUAAAAGUGUGUCAUUCCCAGAAUUAGUAACACCAGCAGUAAUUGUUCUCCGUCGUUAUAUCAAGAACUCUAAAAAUGUUAAAUUCAACAAACAACUAUCGAACGUUGUCGACAAACUACAACAAAACUCUAAAUUCAUUGAAGAACAGAGAUCAGAAAUUGAUUUCAGUCCAAACAAUAAAACUGAAGCAAAUAGAUUCCUAAACGACGUUCCAUGGAAGAAGACCCCAUUAGGUGCUUAUGUUAUUGUUCAACGUGAAGUUAAAGAUGAAAAAGCAAAGAUUCUAAGAGAAUCUGUAGAAGAAGAUGAUAGAGAGAAGGAAAGAGCUAAGAAGACCGAGGAGGACGAUUCUGAGGAGGAUGAGGAGGAUGUCGAGAUGUCUGACUAA